AUGUCAACACUAUCUACUGACGAAAGAUUAAAAACUCAACAUGAAUACUUAGCGAAUACUAAUGAAGAAAUUUCAUCACUCAUAAAUUCAUUAAAAGAUGAAACAAGCUUAAAACAACUAAUCAUCGAUUCAAUCACUACAAAACAAAAUAAUAAAAACAGAACAAAAAAUAUAGAUGAAGAAAAUGAAUCUUUAAGUUUGAAAAAUUUAUCAUUAAGUCAAUUGAAUCAAAAAUUGGAAAUUACAGAACAACAAAUCUAUCAAUUAAAAAAUUUAAAUGAAAUAUAUAUAUCAUUUAAAGAAAUUGAAAAUAUACUAGUUAAUUUAAAACUAUCUCAAAGUUCAUUAUUAGAUCUUCAUUAUUUAAAUGAUUUAUUUAAAUCAAUUCAAUCUAAAAUUUCAUCAGUUCAAAAAUUAAAAAAUUCCAAUUUUAUUAUUUAUAAACAAUUAACAAAAUCAAUUAUAAAAUAUUAUCAACAAUAUAUUGAAAUUUUAAAUAAUCAUCUUAAACUUAUUUUACCAAAUGAAUUUUUAAUUGAAAAUGUUUCAUUGUUAAAUGAUUAUAAUUCAUUUUUAACUAAAAAUGAUUACGCUUUAGAACUGUAUAAUACUUACAAAUCAAAAUAUGAUAUAAUAACUGAUGAAUUAUAUAAGUCUUAUGAUAAAGAUGUAAAUUGUGGAUAUAUUAUUGAAUUAAUUGAAGACGAAGAUGGAGAUUCACUUAAAAUGGAAAUAUCGAAUGGCACUUCCAAUAACAAAGACAAAAGCAAUUUUAUUUUAUCGUAUUACAAUUUUAUAAUUUUCAUUAAUAAAUUAAACUAUAAGCCAAUCAAAAACUACCUCAAUUCAAAAAUUUCAAAAAAUUUGAACAAUCUAAUAUUCAAAAAUAUCAAUAACAUAAUUGAAAAUAAAUCCGCAAUUCAACAAUUGAAUGAUUUAAUUAAAGAAUGUGAAUUAUAUAAUUGGAAAGUAUUAUUUAAAAUUGAACAAAAUGAAUCUAUCGAAGCAAAAUUAAAAGAUUUACAUUUAGAUUGGAUUAUUGAUAAUUAUAUAAACAAACUUCGAGAUUUGAUUAAAAAUACUGAUUUCAGUAAGACUAAUGAGGUGGAAAACAUAUCUGUAUCAAAUGAAGAUCAAAUCGAAGAUCUACUGACGACUACUGACAAAAAAGCACAAUCUAUUGAUGAAAAUGAUGAUGGGUGGGAUGAGAGUUGGGAUGAUGGAUGGGAUCAAGAAACACAAGAUGAUGAUAAAAGCAAGACAAAAGAAAGUGAAUUCAAUUCCAGCACAACCAAUGAUACAAUACAGAUUUCAACCUUACCAGAUUCUAUAAAGGAUCUUUAUGAAGAAUUUUCAGAAUAUUCUACAAAUUAUAAAUAUUUAAAUACAAGUAUAAAAGCAAUAUCAUCAAAUAAAUAUCCUUCGUUAAAAAAUUCAUUUUUAAUUUAUAAUGAUUUUUCAAAAUUAUCAAAUGAUUUAAAUGAUUCAUCUUUUAGACAAUUCGCUGAUAAGAUGUGGGAUCAAGUUCAAAUACAAUUUUAUCAAGAAUUAAAAAUUUUAAUAUCAUCAUUGAAUUUUGAAGUUGAAGAAAGAGAAACUUUAGAAAUUGAAGAUGAAGAUGAAGAUCCAGAUGAUGUAAAACAAUUAGAUGAUUUUAAUUUAAAUCAACUUUCUUAUAUUUAUCAAUGGUUUAAGAUAUUAUUUGAGGAAAAGAGUUUGAAAUCAACCAACUUUAAUAAAUUUAAGACCCUAAUCAUUGAUUUAAUUGAAUUUUGUAAUAAUUUAGUAAUCAAUACCAUUUUAGAGUUAAAUGAUAUUAGUGAAUUUCAAUGCACUACAAUAAGUUUAAUAAUAAACAAUUUAAAUAAUAUAACAUUAUCAUAUUUAAGUUCAAUUGAAAUAGGAAAAGAUCAAAUUAAUUCUUUUAAUAAAUUAAAUAAUAUCAAUUUCUUGUUGAAUAAUCAUUUAAAAGAUAUAAUGAAUAGAUUUUAUGAUGGUGAAUUAUUUGAUUUAUCAACUAAUGAAUUAGUUAAAUUAAUGACCAUUAUAUUCUUAAAAAGUGAAAUUAGAGAUAAUUAUAUAAAUGAAAUAAUAGAGUUUCGGAAUAUGACUGAAGAUUGA